CCCUCGUCCACUUUUGCAAGCAACUCAACUCAGUACACACCGCGACAGCUCUCUGUCUAUGUUGGCCCUACAAGACAAAUGGCCAAACAACAAUCAAUGAUGAGAACUUGUAAAAAAGCACAGUCAGCAUCGAGUCAACAUGUCUGUCUCGACACUGCGUGCGCUCACUGACCCGUCGCUGCAUCACCAUGCCCGCGGAGUUCUGUCCAUCUCACUACCAACCUCCUACUGUAGCCUCUUUUUUGCGGCCGAUUCUCAAGGUGGGACGUGGUCUGACAGGUCGCCUGUCGUUGUUUACGUACUCGAUUGUCUUCGUCCCCAUGGAGUGUGUGAAGUGAAGAAGCGUCGACGAUGGUUAUAUAAACGCUUGAGUCUGUUCUGACUGCUUGCAGGAGAAUCAACGCACCCAUCUCGCCUCCCCCCACCAACCAACAACAAUCCUGAUCGUUGAACAUAGAGCCAAACCAAGAUGCUGACCUCCACUCAAGUCCCUGCACCACUACGCGGCGAUGAGCCAGAUGUUGACACAGUCGAGCCGUCUUUGUCUCCGCCAGCGCAAAAGCCCGAGCUGAGCCCCGAGCACCAGAAGAUCGUCAAGUCGACUGCGCCCGUGCUGGCCGAACAUGGCGUUGCCAUCACCUCGCACUUUUACAAACGCAUGCUGUCCAACCAUCCGGAACUGCGCAACAUCUUCAACUCGGCACACCAGAGCACGGGGACGCAACCUGCCGCUCUCGCCCAUGCGGUGUGGGCAUAUGCCGCCAACAUCGACAACUUGGGCGCCUUGACCAGUGCCGUUUCCCGCAUCGCCCACAAACAUGUCAGUCUCGGGGUCACGCCCGACCAAUACCCCAUUGUCGGGGAGAACCUGCUUGCCUCCAUCCAGGAGGUGCUGGGCGACGCCAUCACCCAACCGAUCUUGGACGCCUGGGCCGCCGCGUAUCAGCAACUUGCCGACAUCUUCAUCGGCGUGGAGCGUAGCCUGUACGAGGGCGCCGAACACAGCCCCGGCGGCUGGACCGGGUGGCGCCGGCUCAGGGUGGCGCGCAAGGUCGUCGAGAGCGACGAGAUUGUCUCGUUCUACCUGGAGCCCGUGGACGGGGGCCCGCUGCCGACGUUCACGCCGGGCCAGUACAUCUCGGUGCGGGUCUUCCUGCCGGAGCUGGGUGUGUACCAGCCGCGCCAGUACAGCCUCUCGGACACGGACGACGGCAAACACUUCCGCAUCUCGGUCAAGAGGGACGCGGGCCAAGGGGGCCCCGCGGCGCCGCCGGGCCGCGUGUCCAACGUUCUGCACGAGCAGCUGCCCGCGGGCGCCGAGCUGGACGUCAGCAACCCGCUUGGCGACUUCACCCUCGAUGUCGCCUCGGACGAGCCCGUGGUGCUGAUCAGCGGCGGCGUGGGCCUCACGCCCAUGCUGUCCAUGCUGGGCACGCUGGUCGAGCGCGCGCCGACGCGGCCCGUCGUCUUCGUCCACGCGGUCCGCAACGCCAAGGUUCACGCCAUGAAGGACUACCUGGCCCGCGUCGUCCGGGACAACCCCCAGGUGUCCAAGGCCGUCUUCUACGAGGAGACCGAGGCCGCGGACCGUCCGGGCGUCGACUACGAUUUUGUCGGCCGCAUCGUCCUCGCCGACAUCAAGGACAAGGUCCUUCUGCCCAACGCGAGCUACUACCUGUGCGGCCCCAUCCCGUUCAUGCGUCUCCAGCAAAAGGCCCUCGAGGACCUCGGAGUCCCUCCUGAGCGGAUCCAUUCUGAAGUGUUUGGUUCGGGCGUCGUUUAGCUAGACAGCUCGGUGUCGAUUUGGUCCUUGUCGAAUAAAAAUACUACAACGAUACAGCAUAUCAUGGGAACAGGUGCGAGGCGUCGGAAGAUGGGGUCGAUUAGACCUUGUUGUAAAUCUAGAUGAUCAUAUAAAAUACAUUUUUUUUAUCACA